GCAAAGCUAGAGCGCCACGCCUGUCCUUCUCCACGGCAAGCAGGCAGAUAUUAACCCAGUACAGCGACUCUUGGACACAUCCUCAUCGUCGUCCAGCCUCGCUGUCGCCGCGCCAUGGAGCGACGACGGAGGCCAUGGGCCCUCCUGCUGGCGCUUCUCCAGUCCACCGCGCUGCUGGCGCCGCGUCCCGUUCUCCGCGGCCCGAGGCCCCUCCGCUCGACGCCGGCCGAUUUCCGCUCGACGCCAGCGGACAUCCAGCCGCGCACGGAGAACAGCGGAAGCGGCAACAAGCCGCCCAAGUUCACGCCGCGCGCGUUUGGCAAAGACAAAAAGUACUCCAACCCGCGCGAAGCGCAUCGAGCCGCGGCGAAGAUGCGCAAGGACGCCGAGGCCGCGUUUUUGGAUAGACCACGGGACGCCCUUGAACUCUACCGGCGGGCGACCGCGUUGGCGCCCUCGCAUUCCGCUCUAGCGUGGCUCAGACUCGCGCGCUUACAUAGACAGUUCAAGGACCCGUCAUCGGCGCGAGCGGCACUAAGAAGAGGCACGCGGCACCUCCCCAAAGAUGCUAGAUUAUGGAGGGCUCUAGCGCAGGCCUGCAAGGCCGCGGGCGACAUCGAAGGCGCCCGGAAUCACUACGGAGUCGUCACGAAGCUCGACCCGGACUUUGUGGCGGGCUGGGACGCCUGGUCCCGUCUAGAACUCAGGGAGGGUUUUCCAGUGAAAGCCGCGCAACUCGCCAAGAAGGGUUUAUCAAAAGUAGGCGCUCUCGAUGCUGAGGUUCCGCCCCAGCAAUCGGAGCGACUGUGGCACGCCUACGCUCUGGCACUGGCGGCGGGCGGCGGCGGUUCGAGCAUCGAUCCUGACCAGGCCGCGGAAGCUAUUUUAAGGAAGGCGGUCGGUAUCCACCCGGACCAUUCUCACCUCAGACACGCGUUAGGUGUCCAGCUCUACAAGAAAGGUGCUACUGAUGCUGCUCGUAAAGAAUUACGAAGAGCCGCGAUCAAGGGCCACGACGAGGCUUUACUAUCGAUCGCGCGGCUCGAGGAGGAGGCCGGGCGAGUCGAGGAAGCUCGAACAGCUUAUAAGCGCGCCUGCGGUCUCAUCAAGCGGUCACCAGGGACGCACGAAAUGGCUCCGGACGGCGUCACCGCCGCGCCGUGGGUCGCGUGGGCCCGGUUCGAGGAGGAUUGUGGCAAUAUCGAAGCCGCGGCGGCGUUGUGUCGCCGGGCGUCGGUCCGGUUUCCUCGCGAUGCCGAUGUCCAUGCGCAAUGGGCUAGACUAGAAGUGGACCAAGAUCGAGCGCGGGAGAUCAUCUUCGCGGGUCUCGAAGGGGGUGUGAAAAACCCGGCCAAGCUCUACAAGGCCCUGGGCGAGCUCGAGGCGACGUGGGCGGCGCAGUAUUUAGUACGGGACUGCGCCGUGCAGGGCCUGCACAGCGCGCGGCGGGCGUUCUACGACGGCGCGCGCGCGUCGGGCGGCGACGACCUCGUGCAGCUCGUGUUUGCGUGGGCGCACGCCGAGUGGGCCCUGGGGCAAGCGCUCAAUGGUGUUUCUGAAACCGGUGCAUCGAGGGCUCGGAAGCUUUUCGUCUGGGCGGCUCGAUUAGCGCGACGGAAAGCUCCAAGAGCGGCGCCCUGGGUCUCAUUGGGCCGCGCCAAGUUCGAGCUGUCGCUUGAGAGGCAUGACGUCGCGCGGCGGGCCGCGGCGCGCGCGGUGCGGUUUGCGCGACGAGAGCGCGACCUCCGGACCGAGGCGGACGCGUGGCGGGUCUUGGCGAGGAUAGAGCGCGGCUCUUCUCGCGCGGCGGUCUUCGUGGACCGCGCGCGCAAGGCGGAUGCGCGGGACGCGGCUGCUGCGAAGCCGGACCACCCGCUCGCGCGGCAGUGGCGGCACCGCGCCGUGCCGCUCGACGAGACCUUUGGGUGUUAUGCGGCGCGGUGGGAGUUCGAGGAGUACGAGGAGGACUCUUGGUGACUCUUUGCCCUUUUGUUGAUUACGUAUGCCGCGUCGUCGCGCGCGCGAAACCAGGACUGUAAUAUAUUGCUUACAUGAUCAAUAGCUAAACACCACGACGAAGCGACUGGAUGAGGACCCUCGGCCUUGUCGACGCCAAAAUACUAGCGCACAUCGAUACUAGCACGCGCUUUCCAGCUGGAACGCAUACGC